AUGUCCGCUCUCCGUCUCCCUCGGGUAUCACAGCGCAAGGAAGCCCUAUAUGCGCUGGGCAGCCGGGUCAAAUACCUGGUCGACACGCCAGAGAAGAUCUGGGGGUGUCUGGACGAGCGAAUGUUCCUGGAAGCUGCGCAGCGGUUCAUGCGCGCAUGGGAGGUGCACCAGCUGCUGUCGCCCUCCCUGGGCUCAAAAGGAGCAGCAGCAGGAGGAGGAGCAGGAGGAGGAGGGGGAGGGGAUGGCGCAGCAGCCGGGGGGUGGCAGGCGCAGCAGCAAGGGUUGAUGGCGUCGUUUCCGCUGCUGCGGCACCAGUGGCCGCUCGUGGAGACGUUUCGCACUCAGAUCGUUGAGAGGAGCAGGGAGUGUCUGCAUGAUGCAUCCCGCAUUCCAGCAGCAGGCGUGGGAGAGUACGCAGCAGCACUGGCAGCGGUGGCAGUGAUGGAAGAGCUCUCGUCCCACGACCUGCUCUCUCUCUUCCUCAACGCCCGUAGAGCCUGCCUGCGCUCCCAGGUAUGUGUGUGCGUGUGGCUCCUUCUCUCUCUAUGUGGAGUGAGAUUGAGGAGUGGAGAUUGA